UCUUGAAUCUUGACCAAAACCGGUGUGUUAAGAAAAAAAAUAAGUUAUAUCACAAAAAACAAGUGAAAACGAUUAUUUUUUUCAUAAAUAAUAAAAUACCCUUUAUUUUAUUAUCACUAAACAAUAAAAAAAAUCAAUCGAAUCUAAUAAACAAAAAUGCUUCCCAGUACAAUGUCAUGCCUUCAAUUAGCCUUAAGGCAAAGAGGAGGAGCUGCUGUUGCUACCACUGCUCUCCGAAGCCACCUCCACCACCAUCAAUUGAUAAGAAAUCUCUUUAUACUCAGUGUAACGACUGGAGUAUGUAACUCAGUGAAAGCUAAUAGUUGCAAUGUAAAAACUUGUCUUCCAGUUUUUAGUCAGUUUGCAACUAGCAUCAUGAAUGCAAAUGCAAAUCAAAGUUACUAUUGCACUCGAGUUAAUAUUCCAGUUGUUGAUUAUGCUGAGGUCAAAGAUUUGCCAAAUCAUCCAGAGAAAUUAUUGAUUGAUGUAAGAGAGCCAAAUGAAAUCAAAGGAACUGGGCUAAUUCCAACUGCGAUUAAUAUUCCUUUGGGAAUUGUCGAUGAGGCAUUGGCUCCGCAUGUUAGUUCCAAGGAAUUCCAAAGAAAGUAUGGACGUGCGAAGCCUGACAAUAAGACGUAUAUCAUCAUGCAAUGUCGCAGUGGCAAGAGAUCACAAAAUGCUGCUGAAAUGGCAGCUGCUUUAGGAUAUAAGAAUGUUCAUAAUUAUUCUGGGUCAUGGUUGGAUUGGGCCGAAAGGGAGGGUCUUCCUUUGGAGCCUACUAAGUAGAUAGGGAAUCAUUUGUAAUUUAAAUGCAAUUUAUGUUAAAUAAAAUAAGUUGAAAGUAAAACAAA